CAUCCCAUCAACCAACCAAAUUAUUACGUUCACAGACCGCAUUGCGAACUCGUGUUUUUUGUGAUAUCCCGUAGUUGUAAAAAAUGUUUCGUACAUUAGCUUUUCGUGUCAAUUCAGCUAUACGAAAUGGUAUAAACGUAAAUAAAGCGAGCCCUGUGGGUGUGGUAAAUAGAUGUAUGUCUCACGGCAAAACGGAAACUGAUGAGGAAUUUGAUAAUAGGUAUGAAUCAUAUUUUAACAGAAAGGACAUCGACGGCUGGGAAGUUCGCAAAGGGAUGAACGAUUUAUGCGGAAUGGAUCUAAUCCCCGAGCCUAGAAUAAUUAUUGCCGCGAUGAAAGCAUGCAGACGUAUAAACGAUUACGCAUUGUGCAUAAGAUUUUUAGAAGCACUUAAAGCCAAAUGUGGCGGCAAGGUCAACGAGAUUUAUCCCUAUAUCAUAAACGAAAUCCGACCCACAUUGACUGAAUUAGGAAUCGAUACACCAGAGGAAUUGGGAUAUGAUAAACCGGAGUUAGCCUUAAAAACGGUAUACGAAUAGUAAAAUAAGUUUUUCUUUUAAAAAUUAGGAUUAUCAUAGCUGUGAGAUGUAAAUCGUUAUUUGUGUUAAAUAAAAUUGGUUAAGUUUC